CUCUAAAAUGAUGAAUCACCGUCAACUAUAACCCCUAGCCUUCCAAGCUAAUGAUGCAGGUUCCAACUGAUUAGAUUAAUGCCACAUUCAUGUUUUCCCUCUGUUCGCAAGCAGUAACCUAUUAGAACAAAAUCUAAAUGGAAUCCCAUUCAACACUAGCUAUAAUGAACUGUUGCCUGUGCUUGCUAGAGAGAGCUGAGCAUUGCCAAAGAAUGUUGAUUACCUAUUUACCCCAGUGCUCCACCAAAGCCACUAGUACUGCACCACAAAUGGCAUAGACUUAUUUUUAAGAAGACUAAAGGACAAAUUAAUCCUAAACCUGAGGAAAAUAUUCAACACUGACUCACUGUAGGCUGUCUAAUGUUGUAAAUUAAAGAUUUUGUCAUGGAAGGCGGCUAAUAUGUAGUGUAAUAAAGGGAUGCAUGAGCACAAUGCUGUUAUAAAAGAGAGUUUUCUCCUGCUUAUGAUUCUAUUUGUAUGAUGCAAAAGCAGAACAUAGUGAGUAGGACUUGCAGUUUCAGAAGUCUGAAUGAUAGUAAGCUUUGAUACUCAGCCAAACAAUUUGCAUCAAUACGAGGUGGUUGGAUGCUUUAGCUGUGCAUACAAUACCUCCAGUACCCGAUCUCCAUAUUGGUUACAUAAAGAUGGUUUGGUUCAUUCACGCCUCCAUGUCCACCUUUUGCAUAAGACCAAGUCUUCACUGAGGUAAAGAAGAACGAACUGUGGCGUGCUGCCAAGACGCGUAAGUCGUUGCGUCCCUAGAUGAAUUUAAAAAGAAGAAGGAUCUGGGUCCAUUCUGACAGCUACGGGUCUACUCCACCCCACUGAACUAGUUUGACUUUGAACUUUCUUUCUUGCUGUGGACACAAUUUCAUUUGGGAGCUUGACUCAAUCCAAAGUUUUCGACAGCAGAAAUGGUGGUGGAGGUGUUUCUCGGGGCUUUUCUUCAGGUGCUGCUGGAAAGGUUGACACCCCAGAACUUGCUCAGUUUCGGUCACUUCCAAGGUGUCGAAAAGAAGUUCAAGAAAUGGAGUACAACUCUGUCUGCAAUUCGAGCUGUGCUGCAGGAUGCUGAGAAGAAGCAACUCACCAGCGAGGCGGUGAAGCUGUGGCUGGAUGAGCUCAAACACUUGGCUUUCGACAUGGAUGACUUCUUGGACACCUUUUCCACCCAGCUCUUGGUGAUCAAUCACCAAAAUGGGGCUGGCACAAGCAAGGUACAACGCCUCUUUUCGAGAGUUAAAUUCAACUAUAACAUGAACUCCGAAAUGGGUAACAUUGCUGACAGAUUACAAGUAAUAUCUGAUAGAAAAGAUAAGCUCGGUUUAGUAUAUAGUGAUGAUCCAGGUUAUCCUCGGGCAUCACAAAGGUUGCCAAGUUCAUAUGUGUUGGAUGGACCUGUGGUUGGAAGGGAUGAAGACAAGAGAAAGAUUGUUGAGUUGUUGUUGAGAGAUCAUGAGCCUUGUUGUACAACCAAUUUCCAAGUUUUGGCCAUUGUUGGUAUGCCGGGACUUGGCAAGACCACACUUGCAGGGCAUGUGUUUAAUGAUAAGGAAAUGGGGCUGUUCAAUCCAAAGGUGUGGGUAUCUGUUUCUGAUAGCUUCAGUCUUGAGAGACUGACGAAAACUAUCUUCAAGUUAGUCACAUCCCGGGAUUCUGAUGAUUUGGAUGAGUUUAGUAAAGUGCAAGAUCUUCUGAGUGAGGCAUUAGCAGGAAAAAAGUUUCUAAUUGUUCUGGAUGAUGUUUGGAGUACUUGUGACUAUGAUUCUUGGACAAAACUCCAGUCUCCCUUUCGUGUUGGAGCAUCAGGAAGUCAGAUAGUGGUGACUACACGUGAAGAAAAAGUUGCGAAAUUGAUAGGAGCAACUCAUGUUUAUGAUUUGAAGACCCUAUCAAAUGAGGAUUGUUUGGAAGUAUUUCAGCAGCAUAUUAACAGUAAUAGACCACCAAAUUUUAAUCUUCUUUGCAAGAAGAUUGUUGAAAAGUGCAAUGGAUUGCCAUUGGCUGCAAAGACUCUUGGUGGCAUUUUACGUUGUAAAGAAGCUGGCAGUUGGGAAGAAGUAUUGGAUGAUAAAUUGUGGAGUGUGUCAAAUAAUGAGAGCAACAUUCUCACAGUACUAAAAUUGAGCUAUCAUUAUCUUCCUUCGAACUUGAAGAGGUGCUUUGCGUAUUGCUCAAUACUUCCAAAGCAAUAUGAAUUUGGGAAAAAGCAGUUAAUACUGCUGUGGAUGGCAGAGGGUUUUCUUCAUCAAUCACAUGGAAGUAAGGAGAUGGAAGAUAUUGGCGGUGACUACUUUGGGGAGCUGUUGUCUCGAUCAUUGUUUCAGAAGUCAAGCAAAAAUAAUUCAAGAUAUGAAAUGCAUGACCUUGUUGGUGAUUUGGCACGGUGGGCUGCAGGAGAUAUCUGUUUUAGAUUGGAGGAUAAUCUGGAUGGAAGAUGUUCUCCAAAGACUCGUUAUUCAAGUUACAGUUCUGGCAAGUUUGAUGGGGUAAAAAAAUUCGAAGCCUUCUCUAAAGCCAAACGUUUGCGGACUUUCUUACCAGUUUCAGUUUUACGCGGUCGUGAGAAUCAUCAAACUCGUAAGGUUGCUUCUGAUUUAUUGCCAAAUAUGAAGUACUUAAGGGUGCUCUCUUUCAGUGGAUAUCAAAUAACUGAACUGCCGGAUUCAAUUGGCAGACUGAAGCAUCUAAGGUACCUUGAUCUGUCUCACACCUUAAUAAUGAGUUUGCCUGAUUCAAUAAGCUCUCUUUACAACUUACAGACGUUGAUAUUGGAAAAUUGUUCUAAAUUGAAGGCACUACCUUCAAACAUUAGGAAUUUAAUUAAUCUACGUCAUCUCAACAAUUCUAGCAUGCUUUCUUUGGAAGGAAUGCCUCCACAAUUAGGUCAACUGACUAGCCUGCAAACGUUAUCCUGUUUCGUGGUGGGCAAAGCUAGGGAGUCAGGUGUGAAAGAGAUAGGCCCCCUAUAUCUUCUUCGUGGGACAUUGUGCCUCUCACGAUUAGAAAAUGUCAUCGAUGUGGAGGAUGCAAGAAGGGCUGACUUAAUAUGCAAGGAAGGGCUUGAUGCAUUGCAACUAGAAUGGAGUGGCAGAGGAGAAAAGGAAUCAGAUGUGCUUGACAUGUUAAAACCCCACAGAAACCUCAAAGAGCUUACCAUUAAAGGCUAUGGUGGUUUGGAAUUGCCAUCAUGGAUAUGUAAUCCUUUAUUCUCUGUUCUGGUUCUUUUAAGGUUAGAGAAUUGUAAUAAUUGUCGAUUCUUGCCACAACUCGGACAAUUACCUUCUCUCAAGGAACUCUUCAUAAGAGGAAUGUCUCAGGUGGAAAGUGUUGGUAUUGAGUUUUAUGGAGAGGGUACCUUGUCUUUUCCAGUACUGGAGAAUCUAGUGUUUGAGGAUAUGCAACAAUGGAAGGGAUGGUUUCCUUGUGAAGAAGAUCAAAUUGGAGUUUUUCCUUCCUUGAAAAUGCUUUCUGUCAUUAAAUGUCCACAAUUGGUGGUUUCCAUUACAAACUAUACACAACUUUGUGCAUUACAAGUCCAUGACUGCAAUGGGGUGGUAUUUAGAGGUGCUGUUGACUUUGAGUUACUUGAGCAUAUGUAUCUUUCAAAUUUGUCAGUGUUGAGACUUGAAAUUGAAAAAUCUGCUGAAUGCAUGAGGGGCUUAAGAAAUGUUCAAGGCUUGGGAAUUACUAAUAGCGAGGAAUCAUCAUCUUCAUGGCAGAAUGAGGAUAUAAUACUGCAGCACCUGAGUUCUCUUCGUAGUUUGUUUAUUGAAAGGAACUCCAAGUUUCUUCAAUUGCAUCACCUGACAUCACUUCAAGCGCUUCGCUUAUAUAGAUGUGCAAGUCUGGUUUCCAUUCCCAAAGUAUGUUUGCCACCUUCUCUUAAAGAUCUGUGGAUUGAAAGGUGCGAUUCUCUUACGUAUUUUGCAAGGUACCAGAUACCUCCAAGUCUAAGAAGAGCAGGAAUAAGAGAAUGCAAAAGGUUGAAAUUAUUAGUUGGGGAGAAUGUAGAGGGUUACUCAUCCUCUUCUUCUUCGCACUGUUUGAUGCAAGAGGAUACAUCUUGUCUUGAGUACUUGGAGGUAUGGGAGUGUCCAUCUCUUACAUCCUUAUCAUCAAGAGGCCAACUACCCAGAGCGCUUAAACACCUUCACAUAAGGGAUUGUGAACGACUGGAGUCAAUAACAGAUAUGUUCCACAGUGAAACUUGUCUUGAACAUAUUGUGAUACAGAGUUGUGCAAAUCUUAAAUCCUUACCAGAAGGCCUAUGCGACCUCAUGCAUCUUCAACAGUUAAUUGUUAUGGAUUGUGGAAGUCUGGUUUCCUUCCCGAGAGGAGGGUUGCCAACAACAGUCUCCAACCUGACAAGCAUCUAUAUCUACAAUUGUGAUAGCUUGGAAGCUUUCCCCAGAGGAAUGGACAAGUACAUCUCUCUUCAGACAUUGUGGAUCGGUUACUGUAAAGGUUUGUCAUCCAUUUUAGAAGAGGGUUUUUCCCCAAACUUAGUUGAGCUUUACAUUGUGAACCCUUUACGUUGCACGCCACUCUGUGAAUGGGGGUUGCAGUUGCACAGACUCAAUUCUCUGAGAGAGUUGUGGAUCCAGGGUGUAGAUCCAAAUCUGGUGUUAUUUCCACCAGAGGAGAUGGAGAUGCUGCUCCCUAAAUCUCUCAUUAAAAUCAGAAUUGGAGACUUCCCAAAGCUAAGGCGCCUAUCCAGCAAGGCCCUUCAGUCGCUCACCUCUCUUGAAUCUCUUAGAAUUGAAGAUUGUCCAAAGCUAGCAUCCAUUCCAGAGGAGAAGCUGUCUCUUUCACUUACACAACUGCAUAUCUCCAAUUGUCCUCUGCUAAAGAAGAGAUACAGACCAGGGAAAGCACCACACUGGCCCAAAAUAGGCCACAUUCCUUACAUACAGAUUGGAGAGUAGACACCAAAAGGCUUGUAACCGGAAUGUCUUCCUCUCCAGGUGUUAAGGCACCAACUACAAGUACAAGGUUGAGAGCUGAGCAACGUGAAGGUGAAUAUGCAGUCCAAUCUUGCUUUUUGUGUGAUUCAUACUAUAUUUUUGAGCCUCUCUGAGUUGAUUAGGUGUCUAAUAAGAAAAUUUACUGACAUAUAUAUAACACGAACAUAAUAUUUAUCUAGUCAUAAAAUAUCUUAAUCCUGACCAUCAUUCCACUUUCAAUUAUGUUCAUAAUAACAACUACAUUACUGAAGUGAGUGAUUGACUUUUUCUUUGAUUAGUCAUCUACUUUUUUAACUGCAAUAAUGCUGUUAAUUGGUAGCUUUAUAUGUUUUCUUUAUUUGCUCAAUGCCCUCAUUUGAAUAUGUCAAUGCUUCCUAUGUCAUAUUAGAUUACUAUUGAACUAAAAAAAGAACAGAAGUAGCUAGCCCAGGUCUGUGUGAAAGAUUCCUUCCAUUCCCCAGUUAACAGUAAUUGUUUCAAAUCAGAUCACCUUGAAGUCCUUUCUUUUCUGAAAACUGAUAACUCCAGUUUCAUGAGGCUUUAGGCAAAACCCAAGUGUUUCUUCCUUUUUAUUCUGUAUGUGUUUUGUUGCCCAGUAAAAUCUGAUAGAGGAGCUUUUGACGUUAAUGUGCGCUAGAUAAAGUAGCAUGUGUAGUUCACUAAGUAUACCAGAUUUCUGUGUUAUAUCUUUGGAACACUAAAUCGUUACGUUUUCUAAAAAAAUGUUGAAAACUUCACCUUCUUAAGAACUUGAUGGUAUCGACUGUUUUCUUAAAUUUAUGUAUUGUGUUCUCUUUUAAAACCAUGUUACGCACAGGAGGAGCAUAAAACCACUAAUUUCAGGGGACUUUAUAUAAAAGUCUCAUAGCCUAUUCACUGUGCCAACAAAUGGUAAAUAUUCAAUAAAAUGUCAAGACCUCGGUCAUGCAUUUUCUUAUAGGAAACAUCUU